AUGACAUCACAAUAUAAAGUUGCAAAAGAACAAGGUAAUACUUUUGUAUACCAACCAACAAAUUCACCAAACAUUUUUUCAACUGCUGUUGAAACUUCACCAAAACCUUUAAUGGCAAAUGAAAAAAUUAUUAAAACUGAAAAAGUUUGGGAAGAAAAACAAUUCCCAGAUAAUUCAAGUUUUACAACAGUAAGAGAAACAAAGACUGAAAUUCCAGGAGAUGCACCAAAAUGGAAUAGUACUGAUAAUCUUUCAAGUGGUUCAGUUCCAAUGUCAACCAAUAUUCCAACAGCUCCACCAUUACCACCAGUUACAAGAUAUCCAUUAAACGAUACAUCCAAAGGUCCAUUAAGUACUCAAUUGGCUAACCAAAAAGGUCAUUUGAAAAAGGUAGACUUUAAAGAACCAACUUUAUUCGAUAGAAUUAAAGAAAAGGUUCAUCCAACUGAUAAGGCAACUGCCAAGCCAUUAGGUACAUCUGCAAAUAAUACAACAACCGCUAACACUACAAAUGCUCCAUUAAAACCAACUUCAACAACUGCUAAUACUACAAAUGCUCCAUUAAAACCAACUUCAACAACUGCUUCCACUAAUCCAACUGCUGCAAAUGCAUCAACAUUAAAUGAUACCUCUAGAAUGGGUACAAAAACAAAUGCUGCCAAGACUGGUGAUCAUUAUGUUGAACCUCAUAAACCAUCUCAAGUUAAACAUGUUAAAGGUAUUCUCAAAGAAAAAGUUGGUCAUUUAACAAAGAAUGCAAGAAUGGAAGAAAAUGGUAAAUUAUUAGAAGCUCAAUUUGAGAAAGAAAAAUUCGAUUACCAAGCUUAUCAACAUAAUGGUGGUAAAUAA